AUGGCGGCGGCGGAGCAAGGGGUGGACGCCGCGAGGAAAGAGGAGGAGGAGGAGGAGGAACAGGUGGUGAAUCCGUGGGAGGUGUCAGCGGGGAAGGGCGGCAUCGACUACGACAAGCUCGUGGACCAGUUCGGCUGCCAGCGCAUCGACGACGCACUCGUCGGCCGCAUCGCACGCCUCACCGGACGACCGCCGCACUGCUUCCUCCGCCGAGGCCUCUUCUUCGCCCACCGUGAUUUGAACGAGCUACUGGAUUUGUAUGAGAAGGGGGAGAAGUUCUACCUCUACACGGGGAGGGGGCCCUCGUCGGAGGCCCUGCACCUCGGCCACCUCAUCCCCUUCAUGUUCACAAAAUACUUGCAGGAGGCUUUUAAGGUGCCCCUAGUUAUACAACUGACUGACGAUGAGAAGUUCUUGUGGAAGAACUUGACUAUUCAGGAAAGUAAAAGGCUUGCCCGUGAAAAUGCUAAAGACAUUAUAGCAUGUGGUUUUGACAUUGAAAGAACAUUCAUUUUCUCCGAUUUUUCUUUUGUUGGAGGUGCUUUUUAUGAAAACAUGAUGCAAGUUGCCAGAUGUGUAACUAUGAAUAAGGCUAUAGGAAUAUUUGGGUUCAAUCUCGAGGAUCACAUAGGAAAGGUUAGCUUUCCUCCAGUGCAGGCAGUCCCAUCAUUUCCUUCUUCAUUUCCCCAUCUCUUCGCUGGCAAGGACCAACUGCGGUGCCUUAUCCCAUGUGCAGUAGAUCAGGAUCCCUAUUUUAGGAUGACUCGUGAUGUUGCUCCUAGAAUUGGUUAUCAGAAACCGUCACUGAUUGAAUCUAGAUUUUUCCCUGCUCUUCAGGGAGAGAACACAAAAAUGUCAGCCAGUGACGCAAAUUCGGCGAUAUAUGUGACAGAUAGUGCUAAAGAAAUAAAGACAAAGGUGAAUAAAUAUGCCUUCUCAGGUGGCCAGGACUCAAUAGAGCUCCAUAGAAAACUUGGAGCUAACCUUGAUGUAGAUGUCCCAAUCAAAUACCUCAACUUCUUCCUUGAAGAUGAUGAUGAGCUUGCGCACAUAAAGAAGGAGUACAAGGAGGGAAGGAUGUUGACAGGUGAAGUGAAGCAACGGCUCAUUGCAGUUCUAUCUGAGAUUGUUGCUAGACAUCAAAGAGCUAGAUCUCAAGUGACCGAAGAGAUGGUUGAUGCAUUCAUGGCAGUGAGGCCACUUCCGAAUAUGUUUGGCUGA